AGAGAAAGAAAAUGAGCAAAAUCAGGUUUGCCCUAUUUACCUUCAGCGGCUGCCGCUUUCUCUAAUCUGUGAAACUGAAAACAAUGGCAGCCUUAACACGCUUUACAAAACCCUCUUCACUUUCAUUUUCUAAACUAACCGAAGCUCUCUGCUUUUACUCUUCUUCUUCAGCUGCGGUCUCUGGUCCCAAUCCUUAUCCUUCAAUCUACAAUUUCACGCGUAAAGAUCCCAGGGACAGGAAUGUCCAGUGGAUUUUUCUAGGUUGUCCAGGCGUUGGCAAGGGCACCUACGCCAGUCGUCUCUCGAAAUUUCUCGGUGUCCCUCAUAUCUCCACUGGUGAUCUUGUUCGCGAAGAACUCGCCUCCUCUGGCCCCACGUCUCGCCAGCUUGCUGAGAUUGUAAACCAAGGUAAGUUGGUUUCAGAUGAAAUUAUAUUUAACCUACUGUCCAAGAGACUUGUGGCUGGCGAAGCUAAGGGGGAAUCAGGUUUUAUCCUUGACGGUUUUCCUCGAACAGUGAAACAAGCAGAAAUACUGGAAGGAGUAACCGAUAUUGAUUUGGUUGUAAAUUUGAAGUUGUGGGAAGAUAUCUUACUUGAGAAAUGUCUUGGAAGGAGAAUGUGCAGUCAAUGUGGGGGAAAUUUUAAUGUGGCUUCUAUUAACAUCAAGGGUGAAAAUGGUAAGCCGGAUAUUAGCAUGGCUCCACUUCUUCCCCCAUCCCAUUGUAUAUCAAAGCUUAUCACUAGGGAAGAUGAUACUGAAGAAGUGGUGAAAGCACGUCUUCGUGUAUACAAUGAAAAGAGUCAGCCUGUGGAAGAUUUCUACCGCAGUCGAGGAAAAUUGUUGGAAUUUGAUCUGCCAGGAGGAAUUCCUGAAUCCUGGCCAAAGUUGCUGGAGGCUCUAAAUCUCGAUGACCAUGAGGAGAAGCAGUCUGCUGUGGCAUAAACUAUUAGAGACUUAAUGUACUCUUAAUAGUAAGUCUUGUUAUUCUUUGCAUGUAAAAAUGUUGCAUGCUCGUCAAUUUUGCAUGAGGAAGAUAAAGAAAUAUUAUUCCCUUUGUUGAUUUAAAAUAAUUAAGAUCUAACCAUUUAUUAGAUCACAAACGACGCCUUGUUAGGCUAACUGUAUUUUCAUAUUACAAAGAGCUUUUUUGUAACGGAAUUGUCAGAGGGAGUUUUCAUCACCUCUCUUCUUAUGGUAACAAAUCAAGAAUUCUGAUAGCAGAGAUUUAUAUAA